UACAUGAUACACACCAUACACCAGUACUACACAUUAUUUUCUUUCGUACGUAAAUUUGUCAAGUGUAUGUGGACAUUCCAAUUUCAUGCUUGAAAUUUACUGGGCAUUAACUUUGUCCAAAUUUUUAACAGUGACUUUGGAUGUACGGAAUUCCUCCUGGCUUCAACCUUCUCUGAACCUGUAACGAGUUAUAACGAGCACUUGUAAUCUCUGAUAUCAUUGGUGAUUGAGACAUUGUGUUUUCAGUAGAUAACCAGUGGUACAACCAGUCUGCUGAUAUCAAAACCUGUAGACCAGCUUUGGAGACAGUUCUUCCUCCGGUGCUCACUGAACGCCUCCGAGGGAAAACAAGUAUGAGGAUCAAGGCUAUGAACAUCCUCUGCCUACCUCUGUGGCAAUUGCUACUGCUCUCGGAGUGUGAAAGCAAGGUGGUAACAAACAUUACAGCAAAGAAUGUGACCUUUUAUCUAUUUACAUCGCGCAACCCUAAGGUUCCAACUGUGAUGAAGAUCAACGACAGUGCCUCCCUCGGCCACUUCAACGCCAGUCUCAGCACGGUCGUGGCCGUGCACGGACAGAACGGGCACGGGAGAGGACUCGACGCCAUCCCGCACGGCUACCUGUCGAAGGGGAGCUACAACGUGAUCGAGAUGGACUGGAGCGGCCCGGCAGCAGGCGUCUACGACAACGUCAAGUACCUCAUCGAGCCGGUGGGCAAGGUGGGGGCGCAGUUCCUGGACUACCUGGCGUCCCAGGGGCUGGACCUGGGCCGCGUGCACCUCGAAGGGGUCAGCUUCGGAGGCCAGGUCGUGGGCAUCAUGGGCGGCAACGUGAAGGCCGGCCGCGUCGGCAGGAUCACAGGCCUGGACCCCGCGCGGCCGUGGUUCGACACCCUGGGCCCUGAGCACCGGCUGGACGACACGGACGCCCAGUUCGUGGACGUGAUCCACACGUGCGCCGGCAAGGUGGGCUGGCUCACCCCGCUGGGACACGCCGACUUCUACCCCAACAGCGGCAACUGCAGCCAGCCGGGCUGCACCGACCAGAAGUGCAGUCACGUGAGGGCGCUGUACUACUUCGAGGAGUCCAUCACGUCCAAGGUGGGGUUCCGGGCGACCAAGUGCGACAGCUGGGCGGACUACGAGAGUGGCUCGUGUGCCGGCCACGCCACCGUGCUCAUGGGGGAGCCCACGCCCGCGAGCACUCGUGGAGUGUACUACCUGCACACCGCAAGUUCCUCGCCCUUCGCGCGUGGCUGAAAACUUCAGCAGUUGGAAGUGAUUGCAGCAACAGAAGAAAAUUGUAUAAAUUGUACAACACUUAACAGAGUAAAGAAAUUCUCUUUAAAAAAAAAAAAUAAAUAAAAUAAAA